CGACUUGGAGCCUGACAUGGUGUAAUAAGACCAAACAAUAGUGAACUUAUUACAUGCCACAUGAUAGUUUUGGAUAUGAUUACAUGUUUUCUCUCCUCCAUUAGGUAUUCAAUAUGAAUGCUCCAGUUCCUCCAACCAAUGAGAUGGAGUCUCAGAAGAUUUCCAACCAGUAUCAGAGUAGCUACGGUCAAGGCUUCAGCACACAAGCCACCCUUCCAGCUGAGCAGCAGGAACUGCCUCAAGAAGCCCUGCAGUCAGUUGGCCCUUUCCAUUCUCAAGACCAAGGUAUUCCGUCUGUAGGGGGACACCAGUCUGCAUCUCAGCAGCCCUCGGGGCAGGGCACAGGGUUUGGGCGGCCAGGUCAGUCCUUUUACAACAACAGAGCAAUGCCACGAGCUGGGCCCAGAAAUCCCAGAGGGGCUUUGAACGGCUACCGUGGACCAUCAAAUGGAUUUAGAGGUGGAUACGAUGGGUAUCGCGCUCCAUUCCCGAACACUCCAAACACCGGAUACGGGCAAACUCAGUUCAGCACUCCGCGAGAUUAUUCCAACAACACCUACCAACGGGAUGGAUAUCAGCAAAGCUUCAAGCGAGGAGCUACCCAAGGACCUCGAGGUUGCUCUCGAGGUAAUGCUCAAGCGAUGCGAUCCUAAAAUCUUUGGGAAGACUUUUCUUUUUGGCCACUUUGAACAUUCAUUUAUUGAGAAUGUUUCCCCCAGCCCAUAUUUUUACUCCUAUCAGUGUUUUUUAUUUGUAAUUUUUUUUUGGCUUAUUGAUUCAAGUAAGCC